AUGGAUUCAUUUGCACUCAAUAAACUUAUCCCACAAAUGUUCGAAGAAAUGCGGUCAAAUUUAGGUAAAGGGCCUGAUGAUAGUAACAAUCAUCCCAAUUCGCAGAAUUCAGUUAUUACUACACAGUCGUUACUUAGAGAGUUGGAAGUGCUUGAUAAAAUCAUCCCCAUGGUGGAAAAUGUGGAGAAUUCUCUAAAACUAUCCAUACCGCAACAUUUAGAUCGUAUUCAUGAGAUUUGUAAGUCAACAAAUUCCAUGCUGGAUUCAUGGAUCGAUAUACAGUCUCAAGCUGGUUAUAUCAAUCGGUUGAUGAAAUCACCUGCUUAUUUGAAGCAUGCUAGUACUUUAUCUACAAAAGAUGGCACUACUAGUGAAGAAUUGUUGGCGGCAGAGGUUAGAGAGAAUGAAUCUUUAAAAGAACAGUUAAAGCAGGAACAAGAGAAAGAGGUAUCACGUAAAAAUGCACAGGUUCCAGCAAGACAAGAUCCACUCAAGGGUCCACAGACAAAUUCAAGAGUUUCAAAACCAGGAAAUAGUAGGAUACCAAGAUCAAAAUUUACUAGACCCAAUAUACCGAAUGUCACCGAAAGAUUAACGAGGCCAACAGCAAGUAGUACGAGGAAAAUGUUCCGGUAA